AUGAGUGAAAGUAACAAAAGGAGUCAGAGGGCUUAUGCCACUGCUUCAGUUGUCACACAACUGGCCAUGGCACUUCUUUCAUUGACAGCUGGUGUUUUUGCCAUCGUUGUUUAUUCUCUUCCUCAAAACUAUGAAAAGAACAUUGAAUGUCCAAUCGAUCGUAUUCAAAUUUUCACGCUAGUAUUUGGUGUCUCGGAGUUAUGUUGCUUUGUUCUUGCUGUUCUCUCUCCCAUGAUUUACUUGAUUGAAGUUCGUUUGAGAGAAGGAUUCCACCCUGGACUUGUUUCUCAAUGUUUGAUUGUGUUGAGAGUUUUACUUGGAUUCGUUUCUGCUGGAUUUUUAAUUAAGAAUGCUCACUCGUAUUUUACAAGCUUGUGUAACGUUGAAUUGGCCACUAAAACAGCCUAUACUGCCAUGAUGAUUACUGGUCUGUGCAUUAUUAGUAUCUUUAUCUUGGUGGUAGUUGUUGUCUUUGCUUUGUUCCUCAUCUAUGGAUGUUUCACCAUGAAAUCCGAGCCUAGCAAGAACAGUUCACCAAAAGCUUCCAAAUAUGAUCAAGUACAGGACGAGGACUUUGUCGAGCAAGAACAUCACCAACAUGAUGCUGCUGUUGUUGUUUCUAGUGAAGAAGAAAAACGUGAGAGCAAUAUCCGAAUCAACAGAAAUAAUGAACAACAAUAA